AUGCACCAAGUGCUCGAUAAUGAAGCAGAACCAGGAUUGCAGCAUGAUUGGAAUGAAUAUGAGGCGGUAAUAUGUACAGUAAAAGUGAGGAAUAGAGAGAGUUUUCUGCACAUAAACCGCUUUGUCAAGCACAUAGUGGACACGUUUUCCCAUGAAGUGCGUUUGUUGGUGGCUGACACAUCGUUGUCAACUAUAGAGGAUGUGAAGCAAAUAAAGAGCUGGUGUUGUGACAAUGGCUUUGAGUUUGUAGCCUUAGACUGCACUGAACACAUAUCCAGUGACGACACUUCCAAUGACGAGAAGGUUGGAAUCGACCGUGUGCUAGAAGCACUACAUUGCAAUAUGUGGAAGUCCAUGGAGUUGCAUUCGUUUCAACUAGAAACGGCUGCGCCGUUGAAAGCAGCAACAGAGAAGGUAUCAAACAAGAUUGACAAGAGACACCAUCAAGCAGGAAAUGAGGAGGGGAAGAAUACGAAGGCGGAAGACCAGACAAUGUCACUGAGUGACGAACGAAUUGAGGCGUUACUGCAGGCUCUAAAGAUUGCAGAAGAUCCUCGAGUGUCUACUAAAGAUGCAAAAAAAAGCGAUGACAAAGAUGAUGACAUUGAUAUGGCUCAAUUCAGUGCACUAAUCUCCGAAGUACGAGAUGUUCGUGAACAAGGUAAACUGCUGACUAACGAGCAAAGACGUGAUCGUGCUGCUGAGGUUGCUAUGAAGCUUUGGCACAUGCUGGGCGAGGACAAUGGCAGUGACGCGAGCGGGUCCGAGUAG